AUGAAGGCGCAGCCAGACUACUACAAGGUGCUGGGUGUGGACAAGAAAGCUGACGUGGCGACGAUCAAACGGGCGUACAAGAAGCUGGCGAUGAAGAAUCACCCGGACGUGAACAAGGAGGCAGGAGCCAAGGACAGGUUCAUCCUGAUCAACGAGGCCUACGCCGUCCUCUCUGACCCGGAGAAGCGAAGGAAGUACGAC